UUUCAAAACUGUAACCUAUUACGAAUUAGAAAUUAGUUAAACUAGUAGUAAAUUUUUAAGUAUAAAAAUUUUAAACAAUGAAAAACUUUGUUUUCUCAAAAUCUAAACUCGAAGUGUUAAAUUCCCGAACGGUUUCUACACUCCUAUACCAAAAUACACGACUCGAAUCCGAGUGGAUAUUCGAACGGUCACUUCCCGUCGAAAAUCCAAUCAUUUUUUCCCAGCGAGAAUUGAAUCUGAGUGGCGGAGUGCCAGCUAGACACUCCUUUGCUACUGGCCUUAAGAUUUGAUUCUUAAAUCGUUUGUUGUGUUCUUUGAGCGUUUAAGUUUGGAUUCUGCCUAAACUUGUUUCCUUAAAUGCAUGUGUUAAAGAUACCUAUUUUGAUCCUUAUCAAAAUACAUGAUUGCUAUUUUUAGCAAAGAUAAGUCAGUCAAAAGAAGAAAACAAAAUGUCACCCUUGCCUUUGAAACAACAAACACAAUCUAAACAAAACUACAUCUCUCAACGAACCAUUCAUCGUCCUUGUUUCUAGACAUAACAUACCAAGAACGUAAAGAACAACAGCCUCUCUCUCUCUUUCUUGUCCUCAAUCCAUGGCUGCUGUUCUGAUUCACGGCUUCUUCCUCCUCCUCCUCCUCAUGUGUUUCUCGAUCCCCCCUUCAUUGCAACACGUAAGCGAGGCCGAACCGCUCAUACGGUUCAAGAACUCGGUGAAGAUAACCAAAGGGGAUCUAAAUUCAUGGAGAUUAGGAACAGAUCCUUGCGGUGGGAAAUGGUUCGGGAUCUAUUGCCAAAAGGGUCUCACAGUCUCAGGCAUUCACGUCACGCGUCUCGGUCUCUCGGGAACCAUCAGCGUCGAUGAUCUAAAGGCUCUCGCAAAUCUAAAAACCGUCAGGCUCGACAACAACCUCCUCUCAGGUCCUCUCCCUCAUUUCUUCAAACUCCGAGGCCUCAAAUCCAUCAUGCUCUCCAACAACACCUUCUCCGGAGAGAUCCCUGACGAUUUCUUUAAAGACAUGUCAAAGCUCAAGAGGCUGUUUCUUGAUCAUAACCAAUUCGUUGGGAAGAUCCCUUCCUCCAUUAUGCAGCUCCCUCAUUUAGAGGAGCUUCACCUUCAAGACAAUAAGUUUUCAGGAGAGAUACCUCUGUUGAUCGAGACCAACAAGAACCUGAAAAGCCUCGACCUCUCGAACAACCAGCUGGAAGGAGAGGUCCCUGCGGGUCUCUCGGAUAGGAAAAAUCUUGUCAUGAAACUGGAAGGGAACGAAGCCUUGUGCGGCAAGGCGGUGAACGUUGGAUGUGAGGCUAUUGACCCAAAAGAAACCGGCGAUGGUCUUCCCCCGCCCACCGAUGGAACAGAUAAUUCCAACAGGACCACGAUAAACGUGGUCCUGUUGGUCAUCUCGUUUCUCAUGAUGUGUUGUAUUGUUGUUGGAUUUAUAAAGAAGCGAAACAAGAAGCAAAAUGCCGGUUUUCGCAAGCUCGACAAAGAGCGUCCAAGCGAUGUCGUGGAGGUCAAGGUACCCGAAUCCACGACGGUUAAAAGGUCUACUGAAUCAAGCAAGAAGCGCGGUGGAAACUCCGAAGGCGGUUCUACCAAAAAAGGCUCGUCUCAUGGGAAAGGUGGCGGAGGAAGAGGAGGAGGCGGAGGUAUGGGUGAUAUCAUAAUGGUGAACACGGACAAGGGCUCGUUUGGUUUGCCUGAUCUGAUGAAGGCUGCUGCCGAGGUGCUAGGAAACGGUAGUCUUGGAUCAGCUUACAAGGCGGUGAUGGCCAAUGGAUUAGCAGUUGUGGUGAAGAGGAUUAGGGAUAUGAAUAAACUCGCAAGUGAGGCUUUUGAUGUAGAGAUGAGACGGUUGGGGACAAUCCGACACCCUAAUGUUCUUACCCCUUUAGCCUAUCAUUACCGUCAAGAAGAGAAGCUUGUCGUCUCUGAGUAUAUGCCUAAGAGCAGCUUACUUUACGUUUUACACGGUGACCGUGGGAUACAACAUUCCGAGCUAACUUGGGCGACAAGACUGAAGAUAAUCCAAGGAGUGGCACAUGGUAUGCAGUUCUUGCACGAGGAGUUUGCUUCCUACGAGCUCCCACACGGUAACCUAAAAUCCAGCAAUAUUCUCCUCAGCGAGACCUACGAACCAUUGAUCAGUGACUACGCAUUCUUACCGUUUCUCCAGCCAAGCAACGCACAAGCAAUGUUCGCUUACAAAACUCCAGAGUUUGCGCAGAACCAACAGGUUUCUCAUAAAUCAGACGUCUACUGCCUCGGAAUUAUAGUUCUAGAGAUCUUGACAGGGAAGUUUCCUUCUCAAUACUUAAACACCGGUAAAGGCGGGAUUGAUAUCGUUGAAUGGGUUCAAUCUUCUAUUGCGGAGCACAAAGAAGAAGAACUUAUCGAUCCGGAGAUAGGAAACAAUGCUGAUUCCGUGCAGCAGAUGCUGGAGUUGCUGCGGACUGGGGCUGCUUGUAUCGCAAGUAAUCCAGAUGAAAGACCUGACAUGAGGGAAACUGUUAGAAGAAUAGAACAAGUGAAAAAAUGAUGGUGAGAUGCUUAGAAUGCAAACGUGGUCGGGACAGUUAGAUAUAAUACUAACGUGCAAGCAACCAGAAAAAACAAAUAAUUUGGGUGUGUAAAUAGGAAAUACGAUUUUUCUUUGCAGAUUGAAUUUUCUUCAAAUCUCGGCAAAAACAUAUAUACAUAUAUACUUUUAUGUUCCUUGUUCCAUAAGUAAACAACAAUUGUUCAUUAGCAUGACAUAUGUUUAUUAGAUUUACUCUUUUCUUCUUCUAGUUUUCUCUUAUCGAAAAAUGUUAUGUAAAACAUUUCAGCACUAAGAGCAUUUUCACUAUAAAUUGUUCAAGAACAUAUCUGAACUAACACCAAAACGUGGGCAAGAAAAAUCUUAAAAUCUGUGUUGUGGUAGUUUUCUUAAUUUAUGACGGAAAAUUUACCACUUACAAGUUACUGUACAGCUACAAUGUAUGAUAUGGUUACUUUGCACAUAAAUUGUCAAAAAGAUUAUACGUUUUUAUAUUAAAACAAGCAAUCAUACUAUGUGUGUACAUAUUCUUAAAGAGGAACAUAUUGAUGGACCCAAAAGGCUUGAAUAUUGGGUAGUACUCAGUUCUAAUAAGAACAAAGACAUUAAUUUUUGCAUGCAAGUCAAUUUUAAUGGAAGGACCACAAAGAAAUUAGGUUUUGUCUUGUUCUUUCAAAAUAAUUCAAUUAGUUAAUAAUUGGAAUAUUAUGGGCCCAGCGACUUAGCAAUAUUGUCCCUCUUUUGGGCUUAUUCUCAUCCCUGGCUUCUUCCGUAUGGGUCAAUAUUAUUUUAUUACAAUAUUUAUAUUUAAUUUUUUUUUUUUUUUUUUAUAUUUGAUAGUUUACCCAUUUUCACAAAUUGAUUGAUGAAUAAACCACACACAAACCAACACCGCAGCAACCUUUUCUAUUACUGUUAUACAAUUAUACUAGGGGAUUAAGCUGAAAGUAUUCGUAUUAUCGUAUAUCAUUCGAUUUUAUAUAAUUUUCACCACUCCUUCUCUUUCUUUUUUGUUUGCUAAUAUUCGCUUUAAUGAUUUGAUAUGAUGCUUGGAGCACUUAUUAUAUAUUCACCUUUCUCCCUAGAACAUUAUAUUCACCUUUCAAAACGUCCACUAAAAGAAAGGGACACAAGAAUAAGGAAGAAACCAGUUUGAACUUCAAAAUUAUUUAAAUAAGUUAAAUACCAUAGAAUACAAAAACAAUAACCAAAACAAA